GGGGAAAAAAAUAGGGAAAUUACUUUGUGAUUCAACAACCAUUGCGGAGACUUUUCAAACUUCAUCACCGACCGUGUCAUGGAGGGAACCACAGUCACCGGAUUUAGAGGCCAUGGAUCUCGUUGACCAGACAAAGGUAACAACUAUCGCGGCGGCAAUGUGGGACGAUGUGGUUGGGCUCGAGGACCAGCAGAGACGGCACCUACAGAAGCUCCAUGCCAAGGGAGUUCUUUGGAAGCAGCCCAGGGAUCACGGCUCCGCGGUCGUGUUCCGGCUGUCGCAUGAAGGUGAGGUUUCGCCGGAUGAGAAUUGCCUGUUCACCGCGUUGCAGAGGGCUAUGGUGCCUGAGAUUGAUGCGCGGGAGCUCCGGAGGCGGGCGGUGAAGCUGUUCGUGGAGGACCUUGGAUCUGCUAUCGAGGAUGAGAGAGAGUCGAUAAACAAGGUAAUUAGGCAUAUGUACUCGCCGGAUCUGAGAAGCGGAUGGCGUGUUCAUGUGGUUCAAGAGGUUAAGUUGUUGGCCAAGAAGGAGGAUCGCGUAGCCUUGGACUCGGCCAUUGACGCACUCGUUCAGCUAGGAAUGCAGAGCGGAAUUAGUACACAUCAACAUCCAACGUGUAAAAAAACAACACGUUGGCAUGGGCUAAACGGAGAUCGUGACAGUGAUGACGUCACCCGUUAGAUAAUGAUCGAUUUGGGAAAAUCGAUACUUUUGGGGUGUCAUUUGUCCCUGUUUUUUUUUGAGGGGUGGAUCCGUCCCUACCCAUAUUUGUCAGGGGGUGAUUUGAGGGUUCUGCCCCUUGAUAAACUAAACACAUGUUU